CCCCAGUGAAGGGGACGCUGCCUUAAUGACUCUCCAGAGCUCAGAAAGCUGUCCGGGCCUGGGAACUGAUGUGUUUGCCCCACAGGAGCUACAGGGGGCUGAAGAGAGCAGGUCGGAAAGAAAUGUCGGUGAGUUUGAGCACACACAGGACCUGGAAACUCCCAGUCUCCCACCUCUGCUUCCCACGGCCCUUGGGGGCUCUCAGGAUGGGGUCUCUCCAUGCCACCUGCUGACAGUGAAGGUCAUCCGGAUGAAAAAUGUCCGGCAGGCUGAUAUGGUGAGCCAGACAGACUGCUUUGUGAGCCUUUGGCUGCCCACCGCUUCUCAUGAAAGGCUGAGGACUAGGACCAUCUCCAACUGCCCAAACCCAGAGUGGAAUGAAACCUUCAGCUUCCAGAUCCAGAGCCAAGUGAAGAACGUGCUGGAGCUGAGCAUCUGUGAUGAAGACACAGUGACACCAAAUGACCACCUGUUGACAGUCCUCUAUGACCUCACCAAGCUCUGCUUCCGAAAGAAAACCCAUAUGAAGUUCCCACUCAACCCAGAGGGCAUGGAAGAGCUGGAGGUAGAGUUCCUGCUGGAGGAGAGUCCCUUUCCACCUGAGACCCUCGUCACCAACGGCGUGCUGGUGUCUCGACAAGUCUCCUGCCUAGAGGUUCAUGCAGAAUGCAGGAGGCAGAAGAAGAGCAGGAAAAUGAAGGACCUCCUGGUGACAGUAAAGGAGUCCUUCGAGCACACCCAGCGCGUCUCGCACUGCCAGGAGCCCUGCUGCCCGAACCUGGCCUGCUUCCACUACCCCAAGUACUUCCAGCCCCAGAUGCACGUGGAAGUGCCCAAGAGCCAGUGGAGCUGUGGGCCCUGCUGCUGCUGUGCGCGCAAGAACAGCCCUGUCUGCCAGCCUCUCGAUUGCCUUCCUGACGGCCAGGCGGUGACCCUGCCGGUGGGUGAGAACUGUGAGUUACACGUGAAGUCUACACCCUGCCCCCAGACGCUUGACGUGCGGCUGGGCUUCAGCCUAUGCCAGGCAGAGCUGGAGUUUCUGCAGAAGCGGAAGGUGGUGGUGGCCGAGGCACUGAAACAGGUGUUGCAGCUGGAGGAAGACCUGCAUACGGACGAGGUACCAUUGAUAGCCAUCAUGGCCACUGGGGGUGGAGCAAGAUCCAUGACCGCCAUGUACGGCCACCUGCUGGGGCUGCAGAAGCUGAACAUCCUGAACUGUUCCAGCUACAUCACUGGCCUGUCAGGGGCCACCUGGACCAUGGCUACCUUGUACCGUGAUCCUGACUGGUCCUCCAAAAACCUGGAGCCGGCCAUAUUUGAGGCACGGAGGCAUGUGGUCAAGGACAAGAUGCCUGCCCUAUUCCCAGACCAGCUCUGCAAAUUCCAGGAGGAGCUUCGGCAGCGCAGUCAGGAAGGCUACAAGGUCACCUUUACAGAUUUCUGGGGCCUUCUGAUUGAGGCCUGUCUGGGGGAUGAGAGAAAUGAAUGCAAACUGUCAGAUCAGCGUGCUGCUUUAUCCCAGGGCCAGAACCCCCUGCCCAUCUACCUCACCAUCAAUGUCAAGGAUGAUGUAAGCAACCAGGAUUUCAGAGAGUGGUGCGAGUUCUCCCCCUACGAAGUGGGCCUGCAGAAGUACGGCGCCUUCAUCCCCACUGAGCUCUUCGGAUCCGAGUUCUUCAUGGGGCGGCUGAUGAAAAGGAUCCCAGAGUCAAGGAUGUGCUACAUGCUAGGUUUGUGGAGCAGCAUCUUCUCCCUGAACUUGCUCGAUGCCUGGAAUCUGUCCCAUACCUCAGAGGAGUUUUUCCACAGGUGGACAAGGGAUAAAGUGCACGACAUCGAAGAUGAGCCACUCCUGCCUGAAAUCCCCAAAUGUGAUGCCAACAUCUUGGACACCGCGGUGGUGAUCCCAGGGUCCUGGUUGUCCAAUACUUUCCGCAGCAUCCUCACCCAUAGGUCCUUCGUGUCUGAGUUCCACAACUUCCUGUUGGGGCUGCAGCUGCACACCGACUACCUCCAGAACAGCCAGUUCUCCAUGUGGAGAGACACGGUGCUAGAUACUUUCCCAAACCAGCUGACGGGGUCCGUGAACCACUUGUGCCUGUUGGACACUGCAUUCUUUGUCAAUUCCAGCUACCCGCCCCUCCUUAGGCCUGAGAGAAAAGUCGACCUCAUCAUCCACCUCAAUUACUGUGCUGGGUCCCAGACAAAGCCCAUGAAACAAACCUGUGAGUACUGCUCUGUGCAGAAUAUCCCCUUCCCCAAAUACGAAGUGCAAGAGGGGGACGAAAAUCUCAAGGAGUGCUACCUGAUGGAGAACUCCCAAGAACCUGAUGCUCCCAUCGUGAUUUUCUUCCCACUCAUCAAUGACACCUUCCAGAAGUACAAGGCCCCAGGUGUGGAGAGGAGCCCCGAGGAGCUGGAGCAGGGCCACGUUGACAUUUAUGGCCCCAAAACUCCAUAUGCUACCAAGGAGCUGACAUACACAGAGGCCGCCUUUGACAAGCUGGUGAAGCUCUCUGAGUACAACAUCCUGAAUAACAAAGACAAGCUCUUUCAGGCCCUGAGACUGGCGGUGGAGAAGAAGAAAUGCCUGAAGAGCCAAUGUCCCUCCUAA